AUGCACUCGCGUCUUCCGCUAUCCAUUCUCUUUUCCGCACCUGGAGGGCGACAUGCGAUCCCACAUCGCACCUUCCACGCGCCCGCUGACGACGCUUUUUUUCGUUAUUUAGAUUCCAAUGACAGCCGUCUCCCGCAGCAUCCCCUCCUCGACGCGCACGCCGCCCCUCCGGAGGCGUACGAUACCUACACCGGUGAGGAGGUCUGGGAUCACCCCCUGACCGCGGCAGAAUCCACGGCCAAACCCCCUUCCAAUGAUCCCGGAAAAGACGCAAGCGAGGAGGAAAGCGAAGGCCUCAUCGCCAAUCGUGUUUUUGACGAUGUGGUGAGCUGGGUGGAGAGGGUUUUAGGCGAGGCGUGGGCAGCCGACGGCGUCGUCCUCUGCGGGCGGUUUGUCGUGGCGAACGACUGCGCGUGGGCGGUGGCCUCGCGCGGGGCGGCCGUCUUCACCACGCGGGAGGUUUUCAUGGCGAUGCGCUGCUCCGCGAAAUUUCGACAAGACAUUCACGCGCAACGCCACGGCAACGGCGCGAUGGGGAUGGAAUUCACCCUCGCGAAAGCCCUCGCCGGGGAGGGAGCGAAGGAAAUGCGGGUUUUCCUCCCGUAUCGCCUAACCUCCGUGGAAGGCGGUGGGGAGUUGCGGUUAUCCCUACCCCUGGAGAACUACGCGGCGGUUUGUCAGCGCGCGACGGAUGUUUGCUUUCCCUCGCUCAUGAGCUGGACGGAAAGGGAGCACGACGAGAACUUCGCGGUGAUCCUGAAACGGCUGAAACAGGCGCGGCUGCUGGAGCGCGCGUCCGCGGCGAAUGACAAGUGGCUUUCGAAAUUAAAGCACAUGUUCCUGAAAGACGCACACAAUCCUUUGCGACCUACGGCGAAGAAACCCGCGGCGCCGAAACGGGGGGAGAUGCAAAAUCUCGUUCUUAUGCUCGCGGUGGAUAUCCUUUUUGAGGGUCCAUCCUUACCGAUCUACCUCCUCAGUGCUCAAACGCGGCUUUUCAUCGCCAAACCAACGUCGCUGGCUAGUCAGGAGGCUGAGAGGGAUAGAGACGCCGUCGGAGCCGAUUUACCCUAUCUUAAGGAACCUUUAAGCAGUGAUAACGAUGAUGACGAUAGCAACACUGACGUUGCCUCUUUUUCAAGCAGUUAUGAGUAUGAUAGGAUUUAUAGCAUGGAUCACAGGGAGGUUGUAUUAGGGUUUUUCCGCUUAAUCAGGGAUGAGGCGAAUUGGAAUCGAUAUGUGGACGUUAUGGCAGGCCGCUACGCGUUUUCUUUUCCGCCCCCUCGGCAGAGUCCUAAUUGCAACGGCAUUGAAAACGGCACGGCGCAUCGAACGCCUUCUAUCGCAGAGGGUAGCGAAUCGGUAAAUCACUAUUGCAUAAUAGCUUCAGACCCUUCGGAUUUAGUUACUUGCAGAGAUGACUUACGGAUGCGGGGGUUGCCCCUCGAAUUUACGAAUCCGGAUCUUCUUCGAUCGGAUCCUGAGCAGAUGGCAUUCUUACAAAAGAUUCGCGAUGGAUUGCUUAACCGUGCAGGCGAUUCUUGA